ACCGUAUCAUUUACCUCUUGAAUCAUCAUCUUGGACUUUCCAUGAGUCAACACACCGAUAACAACUACUAUGGUGGUGGAGGAAGUGGAGGAGGGUUUCUUACAGGUGGUUCGCCUUAUGCUGGUGGUAGUCCUGGAGGGUUUGGACGCCGAAACGAGGUCUCGCAUUCACUGAGGCCUAUGACCAUUCAUCAACUUCAGGACGCGUCCCAAGCUCACUCAGAUGCAGAUUGGAUGCUUGACGAAACGGAAAUCGGACAAGUGACCGUCGUUGGCCAGGUCGUUUCGAUACAAAGCCAAGCUACCAACAGUCUAUACUGGCUAGACGAUGGAACUGGACGUAUUGAAGCCCGGCAUUGGACUGAUUCGUCAUUGACUGAAUCCUCUGAGAAGUGGGACGGUGUAUUAGAAGGAACCUAUGUUCGCGUUCUGGGAAACCUCAAAAUGUUCGGUAACAAGCGAUAUAUCAAUGCAACUCAUAUCCGAAAUGUACAGUCGCCUGAUGAGAUAUAUUUCCAUUUGUUGGAGGCGAUGACUGUAACUCUGACAUGGGAAAGAGGACCUCCCCCGGGACCCGGUCAAACACACCGCCUCGGCGCAGUAGCAAAUGCACCUGGUGCUGCUGCUGCUGUGUACAAACAAAGCCAUUCCACUGCAUCCAACGAACAAUACGCUCAUCUUCCAGCACUACAACAAUCCAUUAUUAGCUUUAUUCUCAGCCAACCAACUAGUACCGAAGGUGUACACGUAGGUGCUAUUGCCCGUGCUGUUGGAGGUGACGCUAUCACAAUCAGUGAUGCCUUGGAUAAGUUGAUGGACGAGGGGCAUGUGUUCAGCACUAUAAACGACUCUCAUUUCAACGUAGCGAACUAAAAUGUAGCACUACUAUACGCAAAAAAUGUAUAUUGUAUCUUGUUCUGGCAGGACAAUAGGAUCACUUUGUUUU